CACACGAACACACACACAGAUAACAGACUGCCUCACCCUGCUGUGAUGUCACACAGUGGCUCCACCCCUUCCAGCUCCUCUGGGGGCUGAGCCAAUUGGUUAAGGGUAUGGGCAGAAGGGUGGCUGAUCCAACCAAUCCAGUGCCUGCGCUGGGGGUGCCCCUGGCAGGGGGGCAAUGGGGCCCGCUGUGCAGCGUGGGAGUACAGACCUCCCCUGGCCUCAGGACCAUCCCCUCCCUGAAGAGGAAUAACAGCCAGCCAACCAGCACGCAGCACCCAGAAACCACGGCAACGUGUGAUUUGAGCGGGAGUUUCCACACCUCCAAGGAGAUGUCGCAAAACACCAUCAACAGCCUGACGCAGGAAGACCUUGGGUCGCAGGGCAGGGUUUACUGUCAGGUCAAAGCUGUCCGGACCAAUGACAGAGAGUCUGGUAGCCGGGCCAACGGGAAGCGGAUGUCUCGGUACACCAAUGGGAGUGUGGUUGCCCCAGAGGUGGUGGGCGGGGUCUGCAGCGAGGGCUCGGAGGGCAACGAGCAAAUCCGAGAAAAGAGGAGGGUCCAGUCUCUGAAGGGGGAGGGGUCUCGGCCAGUGUUGCGUUCGGGGAACACAUGCGUGAACGCUCAUUCCACCCCGCCACGCCCCUGUAGAAUGAUGACCACGUCAUCGCCCCGCCUUUGUGGAACCUGUGGGCGGAGACAGUCGCAGGUCCCCGCCAUCUGCAUGGCGCCCGCAUGCCGCCGGCGAGCGGCCAAUCAGAUCACGGCAAGUCAGACUUUACCAAACCCUAUCCGGAAACAGUCGACAGCAGUCAGUCAAACGCGGAAGGACUCUCCAUUACUGAACUCACACACGUACAACAAGAACACACACACGACCAAUCACGCGGCUGGAAAGCACACUCAGACGCCACAGACGCCACAAAAAAAAAAAAAAACACAAACUUUGCCGCAGGGCAAAAAUCAAGCGGUGCAAGAAAAAUCAUACACAAAAAGCACUGCAACGCAACACACACCUCCCCCCACUGUGGAACCCGAGCACACACAAAAGAGCACGGCCACCCAGACAACACACACAAACCAGAGGGGCACAGAGAAGUCCAUGAUCCAAACACCCACCAACACACAACCCACAGUCCCACCAAUGCAGCCUUGUGUGAAUGAGCAACACUCCACAGACAAACACACGCAUACCUCGACCGAGCGUGCACACAACCACCAACACACACGCCCACACACACCAUCCCAAUCAUCCCCGCACGUCACCCAGAAGCCACCUCCCCCAGUCCUCCACAUAGGCUCCCAGGCCACGCCCCCUCUGCCCCCUCACUCCCCUCGGACAGUGGAGGUGGCCCCCAGACCUGCCCCGCCCAUCCUACAGGCAAACCCGACGCCCACCAAGGUACCAGCCCCCCUGGUCAAAUCCGAGGACUCUAAAACCCCACCUCCAGCUCUGGCGAAGAAGGCCCAAGUGCCUCAUACCGCCCCACAAUGCAACGGGGCACCCGGGGGUCUGUCGGGAGAGCUGGAGGGGGGUGUGAAGGGGGAAGGCAAGAGGAGGCUGCAUGGGCGCCUGCAGAGCGUGGAAGAGAACCUGCUCUCCAACCAGGAGAAGAUCAAAGUACUGCUCAAUGUCAUCCAAGACCUGGAGAAGAGCAAGGCCCUGAGUGAAGGUCGUUGCUCCUAUCGAACCGGUCAGGAUAUCAACAAUUGUCCCACUUGCCAAAAGACUGCCUGUAUUAUUUACAGCGUGGAGCACGACUUCCGCCAGCAGGAGGGUCAUCUCCAGGGAGUUAUGGAGGCCCUGGAGGGCGGAGACCAUGACAUGCCCCUCCCCCUCCCCAAAGCAGGCUCCUCCUCCUCAUCAUCCCGCCCCAACACCAAGUCCCGAGUCAAGAAGCUCCGCAAGAAGUGCUUCUGGUGGCUCUAGACAACAAGACAUGUUGACAGACUCUUUCUGUAGUGUUGGCUCCAGCCAACUGGAAACCAGAAGACAGCAGCCAAAUGGUCAAGCUGUGGUGUGUUGAUUUGUGUAACUGUGCAAGGUUGGUAUUAAUCGUCUGGCACGACAAGACGAGUUCGAUUUUUUUUUGUUGAGUCAUUGAGUUUGGAGACCAUGACUCGAAUGUUCUAGGACACUGGAGAUAGAAUACAGGAGGACGAAGGGCCGGGCCUCCUGAGAGGAACUUGGCUUUCGAUAGAGGAAGACAAUCCAAUCAUCAAAACCCUUUCACGGAUUGACAGACCGUUUAGCCAAUCAAUGCCCUCUCAUGCCUGACUGACAGAGCAAGAAGCCUAACGCCUGGAAAUUGCAUUGUUGUUUCAGUCCCACGGAUCCACACACAUACACGCAAUAACAAGCACACACACACACACACAGUCCCAACCACUUUACCACUCUACGCACUGUGUGGGCCUUCUCUCCUCAACACGCUACUGGCUCCACCAAUAGGAAUCAGCUUUGGCUUCCUGGACGACACCCUAUUUACUAUCUAACCAAUCAUCAACAGUGUGGCUAUUUUUCUAGAGCUCCCUCUACCAGUCUGUGUUCUCCUUCACUGCUGUUGCCCCGCCCUGUCCCUGUGUGUUGGCAGCUGUUUGUAACUGUUACUUGGGGAUCUAAUAAAGUGUGUAUUUUAAAC